GCCGCGGAGCACCUCGGCCGCCGGCGGAGGAGGAGGGGAAGGCGGGCACCGAGCAGCGGCGCGCGGCCUGGACGAUGAAGUGCAAGCCGAACCAGACGCGCACCUACGACCCGGAGGGCUUCAAGAAGCGGGCGGCGUGCCUGUGCUUCCGGAGCGAGCGCGAGGACGAGGUGCUGUUAGUGAGUAGCAGUCGGUACCCGGACCGCUGGAUCGUGCCGGGCGGGGGCAUGGAGCCCGAGGAGGAGCCGGGCGGCGCGGCGGUCCGAGAGGUGUACGAAGAGGCGGGAGUCAAGGGGAAGUUAGGCCGGCUCCUGGGCAUUUUCGAGCAGAACCAAGAUCGCAAGCACAGAACGUACGUGUAUGUACUGACUGUCACUGAGAUUCUGGAGGAUUGGGAAGAUUCGGUUAGCAUUGGGAGGAAGCGAGAGUGGUUCAAAAUCGAAGAUGCGAUCAAGGUUCUCCAGUGCCACAAGCCCGUGCAUGCCGAAUAUCUGGAAAAACUAAAGCUGGGCGGUUCCCCAACCAAUGGAAACUCCAUGGCCCCGUCCCUGCCAGAGAGCGAUCCCUAGUGAAUGGCAUAGAUGUUGGUCAGAUUUACUUUGAAAGAAUCAAGUAUGUGAAUCCAGUGAUGAAUGGAAUUGUGAAGACAGGUGAGCUCUUUUACACUCCCAAGGACACAGCUCAUCCUAUGCUUUUGGACACUUCCACCCUGUUUAUUACAAUGACUAUUCUCCAGGUUGUUGCACUACUACUGUAUCUGUACAGACUUCUAAUUUGGCACCUAUGGCCUUUUUUUGUGUGCUUUUAUGAUUAUAUGUCUGUAUUUACCACCAGGUUCUAUGACACUGAGUGCAAGGACAUUAUUUCCUUAGUCCUUUUAUAUAUCUAGCAUACAAGACAUCACUUGAAAUAUGGUAGACAUCACUGAAGGUUUGUCUAUAAAAAUAUUUUGUAAUGACACUAAGUGGUAAAGCAUUUACUGUCUAAUCUGGUAUUAGCACAGUAAAUGCUGUCUGUUUAGCUUAUAUGUGGCUUUUGUAUAUCAGGUGUCACACAGGAGUUUAAAGGCAGCUGUGAGAUACUAGAAAACAAAAAUUAUUACUUAUAUGUCUGUGUCAUCCCAGACAUUGUGUGCCUCUUGAUGGCCGUACACUACACCACCUAUAAAAUAUAUUUGCCAAAAUUUUGAACCUAAAUCUGACUGUGCCUCUAGACAUAAUUUCUAAUCUAUAGAAAAUAUAAGGAACAGAGAAACAUUACUCUGCAUCACAAGAGAUGAUAUCAGCAGAAUCCGGACUGCAGGAAACUCGACAGGACAAGAGACCCAGUACCUUCAGUAAAUGAUGAAAGAAAUGGAGGAUGAACCUAUAGAUUAAAAGAGACUUAAGAGACUUAUCAACCAAUUGUGAAAAUGGAUCUUUUUUUGAAUCCUGAUUUGACCAAACUGUAAAAUAAAUACGUUUAUGAGACAAUCUGGAUAAUUUGAAAAUUGACUUGAUAUUUGAUAUUAGCUGGAAUAAUAGUAUUGUGAUUAUGUUAAAAAUAAGAGUCCUUUUAGAGAUACAUCCUCAACCAUUUACAGUUGAAAUGAUGCCUGGAAUUUGCUUUAAAAUAAUAAGUCUGGAUGUUAAGUGUGUUGGAGAUAUUGAUGAAACAAGACUGGCCUUGACUUGAUAGUUGUUGGAGCUGGGGGAUGGUUAAAUGAUGGUCAUUAUAUAUGUUCCUCUCUACUUUUGUAUAUUUGACAUUUUCCAUAAUAAAAAGUUUAUAAAAAUA